UGUGCGCGCGCAGUGCAUUCUGCGCUAUUGUUAAAUCGUAGCUAUCAGUAUAGAUUUUAAUUAAUAAUCCUUUACUAAUUGCUGCAGUUUUACGAAUUAUAAGCUUACUGAUGUAGUUUUUAAUUAUAGCCAAGUCUAUUACCUAUCAUCAAUGGUUAAUGAUAAAGCUACCUUAACAGCUUCUUGGUCUCUUAAGAAAUGUAAUAAAUGGCUAUAAAGAAUUUUUGGGACAGUUUAUUUCCACAUCCUCCACCAAAUGUUUCCUUUGAAAAUGGAUCAAUUGACGUUGCACUUAAAAACUGUUUUGGCAACUACGACACAACAGCUUGUGUCAGGAAUUCCUUGCUGACUUCCAUUGGAUUGAUGUUGGGUUUCUUUUGUAUUCUACGUAUAACAAAACUACACAUUCUUCGACACCCGCAAAUUCAUCAAUUUCUAGUGUUUUACCUAGCUAGCUUAGAAAUAAUAUGUUUAAUUGUAAAAUGGAUGGUUUUGGAGAGUUGGUACCAACUGGAAUUAGCUGCAUCCUUUUUAAAGAUGGUUCAAUUUAUCAUUUUAUGUCAUUUUCAUUGGUCUCUUGCUUUACGAAUUCUUCAUCACCAAAGCCUGGUUAAUCGGGUAAUUAUGCCAUUGUUAACAGGAUUUUUAUGUUUCUACUCCUGCUUUACAGUAUUGGGAUUAAUGACUCAUUUUUCAACUUGGGAUGAAUGUCUAGCUCCUCAUUGGAUACUUUUAUCUUUUUUGGAGUUUUUGGGCAUUCAGCUAUAUGUUGUGGCUGGUAUAAAUAUCACUAAGAAAAUAAAUUCUGUUUCUGCUAUGGAUUCCUUCAAGUGGGAGCAGAAAAGAGAUCUGUGGAGUGUGAUACUGACAUAUGAAGUUUCAUCAGUAGUGACAGUAGUAUAUUAUUCUACUCUCCAAGGAUUGGGAGAUCUUGAAAUUGGGUGUAGUGGUAUAUUUGCUCAUGCUCAAAAUAUAUAUUCACCUGUUUAUGCAGUUGUAAUGGUUCUAAUAUAUCUUGGACCUAUUUGGAUAAUGUUGUUUGUAUUUUAUCCAACCAGAGGUGGUUUAUCAAGUGAACAUCAAAGACUUCUCUUAUGGGGCUCAUGUGAUGGUUCUUCAACUUCAACCUUUAGUCCUGUUCCAAGGUUUCAAGAUUCCUACAAACAGCUAAUCUUGCCUGUUGAAAAUGUGCAGAAUAUUGGUAGUUACGAAUAUCCUGUAUUGAGAAGAUCUGCCUCUUCACCAGCUUUCUUCUCAAAAUCGCCCUUGACGCCUAUUUAUGAAGACACAAUUUCUCCAUCACGUGUCUCUGUUCCAAACUAUGGAACCAUGGCAACUUGUUCCUCCCAACCUGAAAAUUACAAUCCUCCCAGAACAAGAUGCAGGCAUGACAGUGGCAUGCCCACCAAGGAUGUAAAGGGAACGAAAAUUAAAGUUGUCUCCCUUAAUCAGUGUUCAGGCGAAAUGGAAGCCGUGCCCCCUUCUCCUGCUGAACGAAUUUGAAAGCACAAAAAUUGAAAAUAUCUUUGCUAGAUAUUGGAUUUAAGAAAGCAUUGAACUUGAAAUCAAAUUCGUACAUAGAAUAUUACAGUUAAAAAAUAAUAAAAUUUUAAUUUUCACUGAUAUAAAAAUGUCGGAUUAAAUCAGAUAGCAUGUUAUUAUUUUUAAAUGUUAAUCAGUUUGUAAAAUAUGAUAAUAAUUGUUUAGUUUUUUAACAUUGAUAGUAUUAUAUAGUUUACCUUUGUGCUGUAAUGCUAUUUUUUUUAAUCGUGUAUUAUUCCUUUUAAUGAAACAAAAGUAGAAGAUUUUAAAAUAUAUGUAUGUUUUUACUGAGUUAGAAAAAUGCAUUCUAAAAGGUAUUAGUAUUGAACUAUUCCUAUCUUUCAAUUAUACCUGCAGUGUAUUUUAAGUUUAUAAUUGUCUAAAAAGUUAUGCAUAAUCCGAAUAUUUAACUAUUUAUUGAGCUACUGAACAUUUAUUGCUUGUUAGUUUUUCUAUUUGUGUGAUAUAUAAUAGCAAAAAUUUUAAUUUUUGCUGUUCUCUUAGUAGUUUUAUCGUUUUAACAAUGUUUUGUGAAUAUUUUGUUUGUGUACAAAAAAUACUUCUAACAGUUUAGUUAGAAUUUUCUCUUUAAAUUCUAACUUCUUUCUGUUCCCUAAAAAGUCUUAUUUCUUUCACUUUGAUUGUAUAACUUAAAAUUUGAGUUUUGUUAGGUUUUGCUUUAAUAUAUAUAAAUAUUUUUUUAAUAAGAAAAUGUACAUUUUAUUAAGCAGAUAAUUUAAAGAAUUAACUUGCAAAAUACAAAAUGUAAAUUUUGCUAAAAUAAAUCUUUUUUUUUUUAAUAACCUAAUUAUAUUAGCCAUUAAAAUAUUUUAAGCAACUUAUCGAAUUCAAAUAAAGCCUAUAUUUUAAUGCAUCACUAAACUUCAAUAUUUUUUAACAAAACAUGAUCAAUUUAAAGAGUUUUAUUGAAUAAUUUUUAUUGCUAAUAUGGGAAAAACCUUUUGAAUUGCAUAUUUAUUUGAUUUAAGACAUUAAAAUAUGUGAUUAAAAAUAAGCUGGACGCUAAGCUUACUAGUCAAAGAAGUAUUUUAUAAAGUGAUAUAUUCUACUUUAAAUUUUAUCUUAGCUAUUCACAGGGUAUUCAAUAGUUAGAGUUUAUCUUUUGAUAACUUGUUUGUUUUGUGACUCUAACGCAUCAGUUUUCUUUUAUUGGCACAAAAAUGUUUACUAUAUUAAUUUGGAUAUUGAAACUUUUAGUAUUUUUUAAUUUUAAUUGUAAUGAUUUAGGUAAAUUGUGAAUUAAGGGUUAAAAUAAAAAGGGGAUUUUAUGUCUUUAAAGUUCUCAGAUCUAAAAAAAAAAAAAUAUUUUAACGUCUUUUUUUUAUUAUUUAUUCUUGGUAUUAAAUUCAUUUUAGAAUAAACUUGGUUGUUUUAAUUAUUCAUUAGAAUACUUGCCAAAUUUUCAAAUUGUCCCUUAAUUUUUUAUUACAUUUUGAUCUACUGAAGUUAAAGAAAACUAAAAUACUUGCAAUUCUUUUAUAAUCUUGUGAUAAGUAAAUAUAUGUUAUUUAGAAAAGAGGAAACAUGUGUUAUUUUCAAUGUCGGCUACCUUUUUUGGCUUCAAAUUUUCUACUUAUAUCAUUAUUUUCUUUCCCACAUUGUGUGUGUGUAACAGUGAUGAUUCUCAUUUUUUAGAUGGUAGACUUUUAUUAGUUAUAAUAUAUUUUGUGCAUUAAGUUGUUUAUGUGCUAUAUCAAUUUAUUUUUGAAUUUUUUUUCUUAUUUAUGGUUAUUUAUGUUGCUGUUAUGUGAUGUUGUCAUUCUUCCAUUGUAUUACUAAUGCUGCAGUAAAAUAUUUACAUAUUGUCGAAAAAAAAUUGGUAUCAGUUAAAUCAAGAAUUUCCUUUCAGAAAUUUUUUUUGAUAGAUUCUUUCUUUCUCAGAAUAUCUUACGACAAAAAAUAGAGUCAAAGUUUUUAAUUAAGCUCAACUUUUACUAGAAACGUUUUGAACCAGUUUUAACUUCGAUUUUUUUUUCGAUAUAUAGAAAUCAUUAUCUGUAUAUAUAUUCAGAGAAUUUUUCAUAGUUUCAGAAAGAAAUUUUACCUAGUGGUAGCAAGGGUAAUAUUUUAAUAAAUUAAACGAAUUUUGUUCACUAAAAACAAGUGUAAUUUAAACAGAUACAUAUAAAAUCAUAUCAACAAAAGCUUAAGUUUUAAUAAUUUUUCAAAAAUAUUUGUUUCAAAAAAUUCUGUUUCAGUUCACUACCACUGAAAAAAAUAUAAUUCAAAACUACAGAGAAUCCAUAGUUGUUGCUGGAAUCUCUGUAUAUUUCAAGUAAUACAGCUAGUUUUCAAAAGGAAAGAAGAAACUAUGAAUAUUUUCGAAUCUAAUGUGCAUAAUUUCGCAAUAAUGUAUUGUUUGAAUUUUUUUCUUUUUUGUACAAGAAUAAAUGUUGUCAUUUAGUUAUAGUGUAUAAACCAGAGCUGUAGAGUGUGAAAAUUUUUACCAAAUCCUAUGAAAAAUUAAUAUUGUACCUUAAGUAAAUGUUAAUUUUAAAUUAUAUAUUUCUAUUUUUUAACUUUCAUUGGAGUUAACAUUUAAACGCUUUAUAUUAAAGCACAAUAAGUGAAAAAAUAAAUUUUAAAAGUUGUGUUUGUCAUAAUAUUUAAUUGUACAAAAUCAUCAGAUAUAAAUAUCUCACAUGCAUGCUCAUACAUAAACAUUGUAUGACAAAAGAUUCUUUAAUUGAGAUUCAUGAACUGAAAACUAUGACAGAUGAUACAUUAAAUUCAUUUGCAUAUCUUUUUAUUAGUUUUGAAAUAAAAGAUAAUCUAUGAUUUAUUUAUUUACAAAGAUAUUUCGAAAGGUUAUUUUUUAAAAGUUUAACCAAACAUUGGUUUAAAAGUUUUCAAAUAUGAUAAAUCAAGUUUGUGACAAUUGUCAAAAAAACAAGUAUUGUUGACAAUUGGUAUGAACAAUUGUCAAAAAAAUUCAUUAAAAUAGUAUUUUUGUUUGAAUAAUUUUUAAUAGAUCAAAAACCUCUUCUUUUAACUUAUGAAACUUAAUUUUAAUUGUAACUGGAGUCUAGUUUUUUUUUUUUUUUUUUUUUUUUUUUUUUUUUUUUUUUUUUUUUUUNUUUUUUUUUUUUUUUGAUUCUUUCACUCUGCAGUCCUGGUAUAACCUAAUUAUUUUGUGAAGACUGUGUUAUAUUCAUCAUUAGUUUCUACGAAAAUUUAACUAACCACUUUGUAUUUAAUCUAAAUAUCAUAAGAUAGUUUUUUUUUUUUUUUUUUUUUUUUUUUUUUUUUUUUUUUUUUUUUUUUUUNUUUUUUUUUUUUUUUUUUUUUUUUUGUGCUCCAUACAACUGUGAGGACUUACAUAAAUUGUGAGUUUUAAUUUGUUGGGAAGAAUACUUAUGUGGUGCAAAAAUGUUUAAAUAAAUGUGAGUUGAAAGAUCUAUCAAUUUUUCUUUCACCAUGUCUUUCUAUUUUCGAUACUAUUUAAAUUGUAUGAGUUGUAUAAUUGCUUAUGAAGGGAAAUUUUAAUGUUCUCUACUUCCUCAAAUUCACGAGCUUUAUUUUAAUACUAAAAUAGCUUAUUUAUAUAUGUGUGUUACCUACUUAAAAAGGAUUUAGUGAAAUUUGAUCUGACUGUUUAUUUCUAAUUGUAUAUAUGCCCAUGACUUGUGUUAUUGUUUAUGUUUGUUUUUUAAAACUUUAGAUUUUAUAUUAUAUUUUUGGCAUCUGUAUAAAUGCUUCUCUUAAUAGUGCCUUAUGUAUAUUUUAAAGAAAUAAAGAAUAUUAUAAUUUCA